AUGGCUCUGGAAGAUUGCCUAAGAGAAAAUCAACAGCCCUGUGUGCACCUCUCCACCGGCCACCAGCAGAAACACCGAACCUUCUACGAGUUCCGUACCUACUGCAUUCGUCCAGACCAGAACGCCGCCUUCCACAAGCUGACCAAUGAGAAGAUCCACCUGCGCACCACCCACUCCAAGCUGAUUGGCUACUGGAGUGUCGAGUAUGGCGGCCUGAACCAGGUCUUCCAUAUAUGGGAAUAUGACAGUUACUCUCAGCGGGCAGCGGUCCGGGCUGCCCUGGCUCAGGACCCCUCCUGGAUCUCAGAAUACACUUCCAAGGCGAUGCCGAUGCUCACAUCUCAGGACAACGAGGUCACCUACCUGGUCCCCUGGAGCCACCUGCAGAGGCCGCCACAGGAGGGCGGUGUGUACGAGCUGGUUUCCUUCCAGAUGCGUCCUGGUGGUCCGGCAGUUUGGGGUGAUGCCUUCCAGGCUGCAGCCACCUCCCAUGAUGCACCAGGGUACGGCAAACUGGUGGGAGCGUUCCACAACGAGUUUGGCCAGAUGAACACAGUUCACGCUCUCUGGUGGUUCGAGAGUGCCGACCAACGAGCUGAACUUCGACACAAAGCUCACACUGAUGCUAGAGUGGUCGCUGCAGUCAGGAACAGCGCCGCCCAUCUUGACUCUCAGAAGAACAAACUCAUGUUUCCCUGCCCUUUCUCUCCGAUGAAGUAACUUCCUGUCCAAACACCGGUGUCUCCAUGGCAACAAACUGCGUGACCACAACUUUAGAUCUUGCCUUUGUCCUCCGUAGGCCCCUGUAGGCCUGAACCUCCUGCAGGAUAAACACAUCUGCUGAUGUCACUGAACCUUCAACACCAUGAAAACGCACCAGUGACCUGUGACUGACAGCUGCAGCAUCCAAUCCAGUGACCUGACUGUUGGUGCUGGGCGGGGCUUCUCUGGUUUAUUUGUACAAGAAAUGACAGAAUGCUCCUUUAAAUCUAAGCUCUAAGACGAACUGCUUUUUUUCUGCUGCAUGUAAAAAGAAUUGAAUAAUAAACGUGAAGUUGCCGA